AUGUCAAUGGUUGGUCAACUGAUGUACUUUCUGGGUCUUCAAGUGAAACAAGGAUCUGAUGGAUACUUUAUAUCACAAGAGAAAUAUGCCAAUAACUUAACCAAGAAGUUUGACUUGGAAUCGUGUAAAUCCCCCAGAACACCCAUUUCUACCUCUACCAAACUAGCCAAAGAUGAAGCCCGUCAACCAAUAGAUCCAACAUUGUAUCAUAGCCUAAUUGGUAGCUUACUGUAUCUGAUAGCAAGUCGACUAGAUAUUAUGCACAGUGUAGGUAUGUGUGCCAGAUAUCAAGCAACUACAAAGGAAUCACAUCUGAUUGUAGCCAAGAUAAUUUUGAAAUAUGUAAAAGAAAUUGUGGAAUAUGGAUUAUGGUAUUCUAAAGACAGUGAGAUAUGUCUUGUAGGUUACUGUGAUGCUGACUGGGCAGGUAACAUUGAUGAUCGUAAAAGUACUUCUGGUGGAUGUUUCUUUAUAUAG